AGCCGGGCGUUGAUUGGCUGUGGCCAGCCGUUUCCGGUGGAGUCGCCGCGGAGCCGCUAUCGCUGUGUGCAGCCGGGCUGGGAGGGAAACGCUGAGGGAGCUCAGCAAGCCGUCACCUCACACCGGUAAUCCCGUGCCCACCGCCGUCUGUCCCCAGGGAACCAUGGCGUCUGGCAGCACCGCCAGUGAGGAGGAGCGUAGCCUCCGGGAAUGUGAGCUCUACGUCCAGAAGCACAACAUUCAGGCCCUGCUCAAGGAUUCUAUCGUGCAGUUGUGCACUGCGCGGCCCGAGAGACCCAUGGCAUUCCUCAGGGAAUACUUCGAGAGGUUGGAGAAGGAGGAGGCAAAACAGAUCCAGAAUCUGCAGAAAGCAAGUGCCCGUGCAGACUCGAGGGAGGAUGAAAUCUCUCCUCCUCCACCUAACCCAGUGGUAAAGGGCCGGAGGCGACGAGGUGCUAUCAGUGCUGAGGUCUAUACGGAGGAAGAUGCUGCAUCAUAUGUUAGAAAGGUUAUACCAAAAGAUUAUAAGACAAUGGCUGCUUUAGCUAAAGCCAUUGAAAAGAAUGUACUGUUUUCACAUCUUGAUGAUAAUGAGAGAAGUGAUAUUUUUGAUGCCAUGUUUCCGGUUUCCUUUAUUGCUGGAGAGACUGUUAUUCAGCAAGGUGAUGAAGGGGAUAACUUCUAUGUGAUUGAUCAAGGAGAGAUGGAUGUCUAUGUCAACAAUGAGUGGGCAACCAGUGUUGGGGAAGGAGGGAGCUUUGGAGAACUUGCUCUGAUUUAUGGUACACCUAGAGCAGCCACUGUCAAGGCAAAGACAAAUGUGAAAUUGUGGGGUAUUGACCGAGACAGCUACAGAAGAAUCCUUAUGGGCAGCACGCUGAGAAAGCGGAAGAUGUAUGAGGAGUUUCUUAGUAAAGUGUCUAUUUUAGAAUCUCUGGACAAGUGGGAACGUCUUACUGUUGCUGAUGCGUUGGAACCAGUCCAGUUUGAAGAUGGACAGAAGAUUGUGGUGCAGGGAGAACCAGGGGACGAGUUCUUCAUUAUUUUAGAGGGUUCAGCUGCUGUACUACAGCGUCGUUCAGAAAACGAAGAGUUUGUUGAAGUGGGAAGAUUGGGGCCUUCUGAUUAUUUUGGCGAAAUCGCACUACUGAUGAAUCGUCCUCGCGCUGCCACUGUGGUUGCUCGUGGCCCGUUGAAGUGCGUUAAGCUGGACCGACCUAGAUUUGAACGUGUUCUUGGCCCGUGCUCAGAUAUCCUCAAACGAAACAUCCAGCAGUACAACAGUUUUGUGUCACUGUCUGUCUGAAAUCUGCCUCCUGUGCCUCUCUCUUCUUUUCUCCCCAGUCCAUGCUUCACUCAUGCAGACUGCUUUCUGGUCCCUCUUUGCAGCACCACGUGGCCACUGGCAUCGCAGCUUCUUGUCAGUUUAUAUUAAAAGUUGCUUUUAUUGCAUCGUUUUUAUUUUGGAGCAUUAACUGAGUGCUCAUACACAGUUAAAUAAAUAGAAAGAAUUCUAUGGAGACUUUGCUGUUACUGCUUCUCUUUGUGCAGUGUUAGUAUUCAACCUGGGCAGUGCGUGCCAUGCUUCUUGGUCAGGGCAGAUCCCUGUGCCAAGUGAUUUACCAUAGAGUAAUGAUGUAACAGUGCAAGAUUUUUUUUGUAAGUGACGUAAUUUUCCUGUUAUCAUAAGCAUAUUUUAGACUGUGGCCAUAUAUGCUGUGUUUCUUUAUAAAAUAAAUGAUUUCUCAUUAAGCUCUGAGGAUUAGGAAUAACAGAUAGAGAAAAAUCUUAGUGUUGUAGAAAGACAUUUGCCUGUAUUUGAGCUAGUUUAAGGGUGGAAAAAAUGCCCUUUUCUGCUAAUGAUCAGAUGGAUAUCUGUUCAGUUCUUUUUUCUUUUUAAUAGGAACUUUUAUUUAUCAAGCUAAUAUGCCUGAUUUUGUUUAUAUUUGUUAUUAAUGUUUCCUCGCAAUCUGAAGUAUGUUUAGGUGUGGCUAUCUAUACCUGCUUUUUGAGUUUGACACCAAAUCAUAGGCUGCAAAUCCUGGAUUGUGACUUUACUAUACAUCUGCCUCAGCUCAUAAAUUCUGAUUAGACCUUCAUUUAUCCAGCUAGUGCCAAAUACUGAUCAUCAGUUGCUGAAUUGAGAAAAAGAACUUGAGGUCUGUAUUCUUGGUUGUUAAAGCUUUUGGUUAAUGUACAUCCUUCAGUUGACUCCAGGAUAAUAAUCUUUUGUGCUCGUUAAACACUGAUUCCAGGAGAUUGGAUUUGCUGGGAACAGAUAGACUAAAUGUCCUAACAGGAAAAUGGAGGUGGUAUUGCUAAUGGGAGGAGUGGCAGCUGGACAGAGUUCAGUGUUGGGAACUUUAUGCCACUAAAUUCAUUGGGGCAUAAGAUUUGGGAAGUUUUUUUACUUUGGUUUAAGCUUUUCCCCUCCUUUUAUAUCAACUAGAAUUGAUAGUGGGUUGGGGUGGGGUAGGAUGUGUCUUGUGUUUGUGGGUCUAAAAGGCCAUCCAGCUGAAGAAGUUCUGCUUUCCCAUCCAGCGUUUUAUUUCUCUGGCAAACAUUUUUGUGUCCACUUGUGUUUUGAGUCUUAACUGUAUUUCAGUAUUUUCCAGCCUUAUCAACCUUACGUGUUGUUACAUUAUUCCAUGUGCACCAAUGAUACCUGUUUUGUUUUUAUUAUUGUAAUUUUUUUAAACAAAAUUUCACAGUUCCAUAAUGUAGGCACUUUUAUUUGCAUUGUGAUUUAUAGCAUAUGUAGGGUUAUAUUUGGGAGUGACUGCAAGCAUUUUUUUCCAUUUGUGUAUAACUGGCUCUGAUUAUUAAUCCUCUCUCCUUAUCUUUUCCAGGUUAUUUAAAUUGGUCAUGGUAGAUUUUUUUUCCCAUAGAUUGGAACAGUUUUUAGGUUGUUACUAAGUUUGAAGUAUAAAUCAGAGAAAGAGGUUUAAUUUCCAUUUUGAUGUGGGAUAGAAAGCCACCUUAUUAUAAAAUUUUUAUUUUUCAAAGUAAUCUAUAUUAAAUGAGGAUUUUUCUGAUCUGUAUUUUGUGUUUAGCUGCCUUUUUAUAUUUAAAAGAUUAAAAAUAAAAAUUAUGUCCCUAUUAGCUUAAAGCUUGAUUUGAUCUUUGUUUAAAUGCCAAAACUGUACUUAACUGAAUUACUUAGAAUGCCAUAAAUUUGCACAGUUUCAUAUAUGUAUAUAAUCAUGUUCCUGUAUAUUUAGAUACAUGUAAUGCUUUCUAAAUGAUUUUUGCCCUUAAAUCAUUUGGCUUGCUGUUUACUCCCUUUUGUAGUUUUUAAUCUAAGAAAAUUUAAGACUAAAUUUAAAAGUGAUCACAUUUAAAGCUUUAUCUUUGUGCAAUCUGACUAUAUGUGAGAAAUCAGGAUUGGCACCAUUUGUCUCAGUUGAUAGGCAGGGCUUUAGAAGUCAUUAUUUCUGGGCUUGGUAAAUGAAUUUCUGAGAUCUACUUUAGAAAGUAUAGAUGGCCAAAGGACCAUUUUGUAUUGUUUCCUGGUUACUAGUCUGAUUAUACUGUGUGUGCUAAUAUACUCUAUUCUUUUUGUUAUAGAUUGUCUUAAUGGUAGGCCAAGUAAUAAAAAAGAUUAAAUAAUUUAA